AUGAUCGAUAAAUUCGCACCGGACAAUUCAACGGUGAUAUACGCCAUUACCCCUGGAAGAUCAUCUUCCCUCCAGCGGGUCGAUAUCAAAGGCGGUUCACCUCCUUUCUCGAAAUCAUAUGCCGCAACAGCCCUGAACAAGCAGAUCAUUACCUACACCCCCUCCGUUUCUGACAACCCUGCAUUCAACAGUUUCGACACUACCGCACAGGCCUGGGGCGGACCUGGGCUGAUGAGCAAUGACGGUGGCGGCGGGGGAGACAACCCUACUACCCCUGAGUCUUCAGGAACUCCUAUUGGUGCAAUAGUUGGUGGUGCAAUAGGAGGCCUCGUGGUCUUUGCUUUGGUCAUCUUUUUUCGGCGUCCGUCACCGACGCAAGAACCGACGACAACAACAGAAACCAACGGCACCAGCAACAACAGUGAACCCCGAGUCGGGUCGUAA